CAGGCGUGUAUAUAAACUGCGGCAAUCUGUCAGCAAUUGAUUAUGCCCAAGGUUGUAUUGAGCAUCACUGACACAUCCACAUCACAGACAGUUAUACUAUUUCAGACGUUCGGCCAGCAAGUCAGUAUGAGGUUGGCAUCAGGACGAUUGGUGUUAUUGAUGCUGGGUCUGUGUGUGUGCCUUUGGCUUGUGACACGGUAUGGCAGUCGAACGGACCAUUAUGAAAUUAGCAUGCGUUCACAUGGAUACGUGUCGGGAUCCAAUACAGCGAAACUUGGCAUUCGGUGUGUGGGAGCAGGACCACAUGAGGUAGAAGAUCUGUUCUGUAUGGAAAGACCACGACAUCUGCCGGACUUUAAGAACCCCUGCUGGUACACAAAGGAGGAGGGAAAGUUACGUCUCAAGUGCAUCCCUUACUACCAUAUUCUGGGUGUGUGCAAAUCGGGGACCACCGACCUCGCCUACCGCAUAAGGGCCCAUGAAGACGUCCUCGGAUGCAAUAAUUGUCUCGGAAAGAAGGAAAGUUUUUACUGGUGCCGUAGAAGAUAUGGUUAUGAAUUUUCCAUGAAAGAGAGGAUACCCUGCAACUUCAGCUGCUUUCAACAUAUGUUUGCUGACGCUGCGCAAAAGAUAGAACAGACAACUACGGAAACAGGCUAUCACAAUAUGAUUACAGGUGAUGCAACUCCUUCAGAUUUUAGUGAUUUCCGAGGAUGGCCAAAAAUACCACAAAAUGCAGGUUUAGAGAAACCAGCGGUUUUGACACCCCAUCUUAUGAGACACGUGUAUACAGAUCCGAAGUUUAUUCUCAUCUUCAGAAAUCCAACUGAUAGGUUAUAUUCUGACUACAUGAUGAUGGGCGGAAGAUCAGCUGAGGAUUUCGACAAAACUGUGAGAAAAGAUAUUCAGACCGAGGAGACCUGCAUGAAGAACCACACGGUGGAACAAUGUCUGUACAGCCUGGACAUAGCACGAACACUUCGGACUCGGAUUUUCUUAGGGUUCUAUUCAGUUUACAUGCGAGAAUGGCUGAAGGUUUUUCCUAGAGAGCAAUUCCUUAUCUUGCGAACAGAGGACCACGAUGAAGAUCCAAAAGCUCAGCUGAGAAAAGUGUAUAACUAUUUGAAACUGAAUUAUACAGAAGACUGGCUGACGUCCAUCGCCAAUAUGCCCCAUAUGCGGGUCAGUUCGAAGAGCAUUAGUGAAGGACCUAUGCUUGAAAAGACCCGUGUCUUGCUGGACAAUUUUUACAGCAGAUACAAGCAGGAUUUGGCAAAUCUGCUACAGGAUAAGAGAUUUCUGUGGUUGACAUAGUUUAAAUGAUAUAACAUUCAAAAAAGCAGUUCAAAGGAAUACACCCGUAAAACAAUUAUUACUAAUUCGUUUUAUCGUAAUGGUGGAAUAAACAUUUUUACAGCCAAUACAAGCAAACGGACCCGGGCCUGGUAAUCUGGUAUUCACAACAGGAUAUCUUAGCCUCUCCGUUAGGGGCGUACUUGAAACAGUCCACCUACCAGCAGCUUGCGUGGAUGAUGAUGCAGCAAAGACAGUGACCUACUGGAGUAUCCUGAGGCCACUUGGAACAUUGUUCAUUUAACCAAUCAAGUUUAUUGAUUAAGCUUCGGCCCAGAACAAAAUAAAUAAAAAUUUCAUUUGCUCAGGCCAGCAGAUGAUUGAAGGUUAUUCUUUUACAUGCAUUUCAAAAACGCUUCAAGUAUUUUACAAUCUCCUCGAAUAUUUAAAAACACAUUCACUUGGGUAUAGGCAAAACCUUUGGGUAUUGACUUGUUUGAAAAGAUACAUUUUGAGGGACAAUUUAAUUACGUAACGUACAUGUACAUAUCAAUUUUGCAGUGUAAACAUUGGAUACUGGAUAAAUCUUACCUAUGUUAGGACAUGAGGACCAGAAGGUCAUGGACUUUCAAAUUUGCAUUCUGAAUAAGCAAUCCAUUUGUUUAAAUGAUACGAAUUUGGUUGGCCUAAAUUACACAAUAGUGCAGUUUGAGAUGCAUCGGUUGUGAGGAUGAAGGGUUUGUUUUGGUCAGGCUAUACAAGAGUGGGGGAAAUUGUAAUGACUUGCUUUAGGUUUUCUAAUACCUGUUCACAAAUGUCAGACCCUUCGGAAGAUGCGUCUUGUUUUAACAUGUUGUGUAGAAGGGUGGGCGAUGCCACAAAAGUAUUCCCAAAUUUGAGAUAAUAAGUUGCUAAACCUAAGCAAUGAAGCCCAUCAUGGACCUGUUCAGGGAAUGGGAUUUGAUUGACUGUAUCUAUGUUUGAAGGAUCUGUACAUGUGCGGGUUUAGGCCUGCUGUGAAGUGAGGCCUGCUUCUUUGAUUGUUUUGAAUAUUGCCUUGAUGUAGUUCAAAGUACCUAAAUGGUUUGCGAGAAGAUCAUGUUAGCCGUAUACAUGUAUAUGGAACUAUAACGCCAAACCAUUUCUGUUGCUUGAUGGAUUGAUGACGGCCGAUUUGUGGAGUGGAGUGGAGUGGAGUGGAGUGGAGUGGAGUGGUAUUUUUCCAAAAAACACACAAGCACAAUCAAAAGCGAAAACAGCUAUGGACACAAAGAUGGCAUUAAGCACACAUCAUAAAGGGAUAAAUAUGUUGAUCGAGUUCGAAUAUCCCUACAGUAAUAAAGAUUAAUGGAAUACAGAGUUAUGGCCCUUAAUUUUUUUUAACAAGGUGCACAAUACCGCCAAUUUCUCGGUAAGCGCAACAGAUAAAUCUUUGGCCAUGGUUACCCUUUUAAAUGACAUUUUCUGGUGCCAGUCCUUUCGUUAUUUCUCAAAAAAACUUUGAAAAUUUGUAGGGGAAUUUGUUUUAAUGCCUGUCAUUAUCGCAGAAAUCAAAGUUACAAUUGUAAGCAUGCAAAACACGUAUUCAGGGGUUCUUGUUGAACUCUCAAAGAACGACGAAGCAAUAAUAUACACACAGACUCAUUUGUUUGCUUAUAAUAAAAACACUUCCCUAAUUUUCCCUAUCUAUUCCAAGAGCCGCAUCAUCGACCAUCAAAAGGUUCGACUGAAGGUGUUUCUGACACUGUUAUUUCCUGAAAUAAAUAAUAUAUCUUAA